ACACACAGACCGAGCUUCUCCGAUUGCUUUUUAAUAUUUUCACUCUCUCUCUCUCUCUCUCUCAGUUCAGAGUUCCAGACAUGGCUGCGCCGCUGCAAUACCUGGAGACACUGCGCAGCGCUCACCCAGAGCUAGGCGAGUGGUACGCUUCUCUUGCAGAUCUGUACCAGAGGAAGCUCUGGCACCAGCUCACUGCCAAGCUCGAGCAGUUUGUCGCUCUCACCGUCUUCCAGGCUGGUGAUGCUCUGAUUCAGUUGUAUCACAAUUUCAUCACUGACUUUGAGACCAAAAUCAAUCUUCUCAAGCUUGCACAUUUUGCUGUCAUAGUUUCUAGGCAAUAUUCAGAGAAAGAAGCUGCUAUUAAAUAUCUAGAAGGAGUGAUUGAGAAACUUCAUGCAACUAGAGAGCAGCGAAUUGAAGAACCAAUCCUUUACAUUAAGAUGCAAAUAGCCAUAUUUAAACUUGAGCAAGGUGACCAAAAAGAGUGCAAGAAGCUUCUAGAAGAUGGGAAGAGUACCCUUGACAGCAUGACGGAUAUUGAUCCAUCUGUCUAUGCUAGCUAUUACUGGGUUUCAUCUCAGUACUACAAAUUUCGUCAGGAAUUUGCUGAGUUCUAUAAAAGUGCUCUUCUUUAUCUGGCAUACACAUCAGUGGAGUCUCUCUCAGAUUCAUUUAAGCUGGAUUUGGCAUUUGAUUUGUCCCUUUCUGCAUUACUGGGAGAUAACAUCUACAACUUUGGAGAGCUGCUUGCCCAUCCCAUUAUUAAGAGUCUUCUAGGGACAAAGGUUGAGUGGCUCUACUAUAUACUUCAGGCAUUCAACUCUGGUGAUUUGGUUCGUUAUCAGGAACUAUGCCAUGUGCACAAUGCUGCUCUAAGGGCUCAACCAGCAUUAGUAGAGAAUGAGAAGAAGCUUUUGGAAAAGAUAAACAUUCUCUGCUUGAUGGAAAUUAUAUUCAGCCGGCCAUCUGAAGAUCGAACCAUACCUUUGAGUAUCAUUGCGGAGCGCACAAAACUUUCUAUAGAGGAUGUGGAGCAUCUUCUUAUGAAGAGCCUUUCUGUUCAUCUGAUUGAGGGUAUAAUUGAUCAAGUUGAGGGCACAGUGCAUGUAUCCUGGGUGCAGCCAAGAGUAUUGGGUGUUCCACAGAUCAAAUCCUUGCGUGACCGUCUGGACAACUGGUUGGAUAAAGUGCACACGGCCUUGUUAUCCGUUGAGGCUGAAACACCUGAUCUUGUUGCAUCAUGAUUCGUGUUUAUUGAUUUGCUUUCUGCCCAUUGUAAUGAUUCCUUAACAAAAAAAAAAAAGGGAUAAAAUUGCAGAGGCAACAAAAAGAGAUACUCAGACUAAGUGUAAGUUGCUUGGGCAGUAGGGCCAGCUUUGUAUGCUUCCUUUCUUAUUGCCUGUUUCAUCAUUUUCCUGGAAGGAGCAUCCUCUUGUACUUCGCUUCAGAGUCAUUGGUACUAUAGUGGCAUGCCUAGAGACAUGGUGCAUCAAAAUGAAAAACGGCUGUUUUAGACUUUAGAGUGAUUAUUAAACUAUUUAUUUUGAAAUUUUCUUGGAUACAAUUACAAGUGAUCUCUUUCUGCUUA